AUGGACAGCGCGAAUAUGGGCAACGUCAAGAUUGCCGUCAUCGGUCUCGGCCCGGCCGGUCUGACUGCCAUAAAGGCUCUGCGAGAAGAGGGCUUCGACGUCGUGGGCUUCGAACGGCGAGACCGAGUCGGCGGCAUAUGGGCCUACAGCCCGAACCCGAACUACACAUCCGUAAUACACGACACGGUCUCCAACGUCAGCAAAUUUGUUUCUGGCUUCAGCGACUUUCCAAUUCUCAAAGAGUACCCCCCGUAUAUGACCGGCACGCAGGUCGCGGAGUACUUUGAGGAGUACGCCAGACACUUUCAACUGGAACAGCACGUCCGGUUCAAGACAACGGUGCGGCGGGUGCUCCGUGACGAGCUUGACCGGGGAUGGAACGUCCACGUCAGUGGGCCUGAGGGCGAUGCAAUCCUGCACUUUGACAAGGUCGUCUUAGGCAGCGGCUCGGACAGUGUGCCCUCUUGGCCGCCGAUGCCGGGGAGACAAUUGUUCAAGGGCACUGUUAUCCACGGGCAAAGCUAUCGCAGGCCGGAGCAGUUUGCCGGCAAAAGGGUUCUGGUCGUUGGUAUUGGCAACACUGCAUGCGAGGUGUCCCUCAGCCUGACGAGUCACGCGUCCAAGGUCUACCAGUCAUACCGCCGUGGACGGAUUAUAGUCUCGCGGUACUUUGACAAUGACUUGCUCGAUUACAAGUUGCCGUGGCUCGCACACCCGCUGGGCGACCGGGCCAUGAAGAAAUCAAUGAUACACGUCGCCGCGCGAAGGAAUCCCCAAGACCUGGAUCCCAAGGGGCUCGACUACUCAGCAAGGGACAGGCGGAAGCUCGCCGCAGAGAAGAUCAAAGGGGACUGGCGCCUGGUGCCGUGCGCGAGCAUGGCCCAUGUGCACCCGGUCGUGCAGGAACGCUUUAUCCCCGCGCUCCUGUCCGGGCAAAUCGCCCCCGCGCGCGGCUUCAAGGCGUUUACCGGCGCCCACGAGGUGCUGCUCGAUGACGGCUCCACGGUCGAGGUCGACGCCGUUAUCUUCUGCACCGGUUACGCGCUUGAAUUUGACAUUAUGCCCGAGCUGGAAAUGGACGGCACGGAGCCUCACCUCCCGCGGCUAUACCAUAUGAUCUUCCCUCCGCGGUGGGCGUCGUCGGUCGCGGUGCUGAGCUGGAUGUCGCCGCUAGAAACCUAUUGGUGCGUAUGCGACCUCGCCUCUAUGGCUGUUGCGCAGGCUUGGUCUGCGGAAACGGCCAAGGAGAAAGGCUUGGCGCAGAUAGACGGCUACCGAAGGCCGGCGCUGCUACCGUCCGAGGCGAAGAUGAACGCCGAAGUCGAUAGAUACCACACAUGGUGGCGCAGAGACAUGGCGGGCACGGGCAUGUUCGACAACAUCGACCACGUGCUUACCCUUCGAGGUUGGCGGCUAAAACGAAAGGAUAGGGAGCUGCACAUGCUUUUAUCCCAGGGGCCGGCCAAUAGCUACGCCUGGCGUAUCUUCGACACGAAUCCCAAGGGAAUCCCCGGCUGCGGAAGAAAGGCCUGGCCUGGUGCGAGGCAGGCCGUGCAAGAUGCGUACGACGAUUAUCAGAAAUACAAGCGGGACAUCGAGGACGAGAAGCUGCGGAGACAAGUCAUGUUUGGCGGUUGA